AUGAUCAAGGCAUACUACCGUCCCACCACUGCGCAGGUUCUGGUCCACAACAAUCCUUUGGAAUCGUUCGCCAUUCGGUCUGGCAUUUAUCUAGGCUGUAUCCUGUCACCCAUUCUAUUCAACUACGUUAUUAACUGGAUUCUUCGGAAGAGCCUACGUGGUGAGGACGGUGUUGAGCCGGCACCCGGACGCCGGCUGAGUGAUCUCGACUACGCCGAUGAUAUCGCUCUACUAGCCUCGAGCUUUGAUGAUGUACAGUCUGUAGUAUCAUGGGGAAAUGAGAUCGAUAUGUCGAUUGGCCUGUCCAAGUUAUUCUCGAGCUGCAUCCCCGACCAGGUAAAGGCACCCCUGGGGAUUACUGGUCGUCAGCUUAAAGAAGUAGACAGCUUUAAAUACCUCGGUGCAAGGCUGCUACCGAAUGGAAAGAGUAAAGACGACACUGUCUCCUGA